AUGGGCGAGCGGGAGAGAAUAAAGGCCAUCAGAGUCGGCUUCUACGAUAUAGAAAGGACUAUCGGUAAAGGGAAUUUCGCUGUUGUCAAGCUCGGCAGGCACAGGAUCACCAAAACAGAAGUCGCCAUUAAAAUAAUUGAUAAAUCUCAACUUGACGGCAACAACUUACAAAAAGUAUACAGGGAGGUCGAUAUCAUGAAACGGCUGGAUCACCCGCACAUUAUAAAAUUAUAUCAGGUCAUGGAAACAAAAAACAUGAUAUAUCUUGUUUCGGAGUAUGCUAGUCAGGGAGAAAUAUUUGAUUAUAUUGCAAGAUACGGUAGAAUGACUGAGGAACAUGCCAGAUUGAAAUUUUGGCAAAUUCUUUCUGCUGUGGAAUAUUGUCAUAACCGCAACAUUGUACAUCGAGAUUUAAAGGCUGAAAAUUUACUAUUAGACACAAACAACAACAUAAAAAUCGCCGAUUUUGGUUUUUCGAAUUAUUACACCCCUGGAGGGCAACUUUCCACAUGGUGCGGGUCUCCGCCUUAUGCCGCCCCUGAAGUGUUCGAAGGAAAAAAGUACAUUGGGCCAGAAAUUGACAUUUGGAGUUUGGGAGUUGUCCUUUACGUCCUAGUAUGUGGCGCUCUACCCUUUGACGGUUGUUCCUUACAAGCCUUAAGAGACAGAGUCCUUUCAGGACGAUUUAGGAUUCCUUAUUUCAUGAGUUCAGAUUGCGAAUCUUUGAUACGUAAAAUGUUGGUCCUGGAACCGAUGAAGAGAUACACUAUCUCGCAAAUAAAAAAGCACAGAUGGAUGCAGAUGGGUCCUCCACCCAAAAUACCCUGCUCAUUCUCCAUACCCAUAAACCAGCCCAUAGAGCAGAUUUUAAGGUUAAUGCAGAGUUUGGGCAUCGAUAGCACCAAAACAAGAGACUCAAUACGUAUGGCAUCCUAUGACCACCAUGCUGCGAUAUACUAUCUUUUGUUGGACAAACUGAGAGCCCAACUGGAAGACAAAGACUUGGCAGCCGGCAAAGAAGUACAACGGCGAAGACCAUCGAGCAUAGCUGACCAAGCGUUAAGAAAACUGGGCAGGGCUGGUACCAUGGAAGAUUGCCAGAGUUUAUCGCACUACAGCUUGGCAACACCGCAUUCGAGCAACAGCAGAAUCAACAACGCCUCAACUUUGAACGUCGCAACCAGUGCGUCUAGCGUUUUAUCUAGUCCAAUAAUGUCCAGACACGGCAGCGAAACGCGCAAAAGCGAAUCGCCUCCAGCUCAUGGCAUAGACGCUGCUAAAUUGCUAGCGGCGAGGAACUCUGAGGAAGCGUUGAAAAUACUGAACCAAGCCAGCACCACGAGUUUCAGCAUGUGUUCUGAAGCAACCAAGCUGAUGUCCACGCUGCAAAUGUCCGCCAUACCAUCCACAUCCACUGAUAUAGCUUUGUUCAAGGAGAUCAAUCAGCACGGUUUCGGGCCUUCACAUUCGCACCCUUUCGAGUUUGCUGACAAUACGUCUUCAGUGAGAAAAAGUAACUUUCAAAUUGGUGACAUGCCAAAUCAGUAUUCCAGCUCAACCGACGAAGGAGUAGAAACGGAUCUGGAGGACCAUCAGCACCGGCUCAGCUACGCUUCCUCAUCGUCUUCGAGCGGCGUCGUAACCAACUUCACCACAUCGAAAAACCUGAGCCAGAACCUGAGCUGCGACAGCAACUUCGAAAGCCUGGAGUCCAACGAGCUGUGCAGCAGCUUGCCCAGCUGCACCUCCAACGAUCAGAUGCAGGAGCCGACUUUGACGAGUUCCACGCCGUUGCCGAACCUGCACACGACCUACUCGCCCGGCGGGACGAGGUCCUUGAUGCACAAGAACAGUCCCCUGGUGCACAUGUCGAGCUACAAGAGCACCAGAGGGAUGACCAGGUCUCCAGUGGAUUUCAGAGAAGGGAGAAGAGCUAGCGAUGGUUUAGUCAACCAACAACCCGAAAGUAGUACCAACUUCGUAGCGUUUAACAGCCAGAAGUUUAACGAGCAACACAACAAAGCCAAGGGUGUACUUGAGUUGCAUUUGGUGCAAAGAGAAGCUCAACGAUUGCAGUCUCAAUUUCAAGCGAGGGAACAUCCGGAAGAAAUCUCCCACAGGCAAAAGCAACACAACCAGUACCUCUCUCCGCGAGGCCACAAACGCAUCAGUCUCCCUGAUAACUUCAGCUACACCUCGGCGAUAGACACUCAGCUGCAUACAGCGAUGCAGCACAGAAUCCUGCAGCAAAAGAGGCAGAUACUGCAGAAACAAACCGCCGCCACCAACAGUUCCGAUACGCCCCUAUCCAGGCGCCAAAUGCUGCGGCAAGCCAGCUACAAGAUAGCGCAGCAGCAGCCGGUGUUGCCACCUCUACCCCUCACGGAAGACCAGAAUCAAGAACUGAUGGCCUUUCAAGCUUACGUGGAAAACGCCGGGGAAAACGCUUGGAGCGCCCUCCCAGGCUCUAUGCAGAACUCCUGCCAGAUUUCCGAGAGCUCUACCUUACCGGCCCAAAGUUGGACCUCCACUUCAGGUUGGACCCAGGAACAACGAAGUACACCGAUUCAGACGCAGCCUCAAUUUUCGAAUAACCAACCUUGGCCGCCAUUGUUGCCGCUCCGCGAAAGCCCGAUAUUAGAGAUAACGGAACAAAUGGAGUAGAAACGCCGCAAUAAAAACUAUGAUUGUAAUUGUUGUACCUAAAAAACUAGUCGCUGUUUUUUUGAUAACCGCGUAUUUAUGAAAGACUGUACUAUAGAUUUGAUACGACGUUUUUGACAUUGUAGGCGACCUUUUGUAUAUGAGCUUUUUUAGAUUUAGAUAUUCAGGGUGUGUUCGAUACUCUACAGGGUGUUUAGAAACGUUAACAAGUAAUUUUAAAAAUUACCGUAGCGUUUUUAAACACCCUGUAUACAAAUGUAGUGACACGAAAACACUGCAUGUGUUAUUUUUAUCAACUAAUUAGUAGGUAUAAGAUAAAAUGUUGACAAUAAAGUUAUUUAAUUAAGGCGAAACAUUGCCCUUACUGUAUAUGGUAGAAAUAUCAAUUAAAGCUAGUAAUUUUAAUUUAAGACUGAAUUAGAUAUUUUGUAGAACGGUAAAAUUGGGUAUAACAAUUACAAAAAAUGCUAAACAAUAAAGAAACUUUCAUACAUAUACAGGGGCUCUAGUAUGAAUGCAAACCCAUGUUGGUAGUCAAUUUAUUAUUAUUAGUAAUAGUUUUUAAUAAUUUUAAACAUUUUAACAGUUCCUUGGUAAUUUUUAAAAAGUGCAUUUUUCUUAAAUAUUUUGUGGUUUGCAUCUAUACCUUGGUAUAUCAUGUUUACUUUCUUUAGGUUGGCAGUACUAACUGUUUUUGUGAAGUGAAUGUAAUAUACUUUUAAUAACAUUCCAUUAAAAGUUUUGAUUCAAAACUAAGUUAGAAAAAAUGGUAGAUACACCUCAUUCACAUUUAAAAAACAACCAACAACUUCAGACUGCAAAAAUGAUAAUAAAUACUAACAAUGAAUUUAAAUAGCAAGAUGAUAAAAGUAGUAGAGCAAAUAUAAUUUUUUUUGACCCAUAACAAUUUUAAAACGAAUUAUUAUCACUGCCAUGGCUUAUUUUUUUUGUUUUAAGCGACAAAAUAACAUACACAUCACUGCCGUAUAUUAGUUAUAUUUCUUUGGCGUAACUAAAUACUAAGUAGGAAAAAUGGCCGAAG